UAAACUAUUUAGCUUUCUUAAUUUACAUGGCAAACAUUUUACGUUUAGCCUCUCUUUCUGUUUUCUUCUUUUUUAUAAUUUAUUCUCCCUUAUUUUCUAAUGCUCUCUCCGAUUGCAAUGGUCCAUGUCGAGACUUGAACGAUUGCUCUGGUCAGCUCAUUUGCAUCGACGGCAAAUGCAAUGAUGACCCUGAUGUGGGGACUCAUAUCUGUCGAGGAAGUAGCCCCUCACCUCCGACUGGGAACUGCCAGCCCUCUGGUUCUCUUCAAUGCCAAGGCCAAAUUUAUCCUACUUAUAAAUGCUCACCUCCAGUUACAUCCUCCACCAAAGCUAAAUUAACAAACAAUGAUUUUAGUCAAGGUGGUGCUGGAGGGGGUCCGUCUGAAUGUGAUGAGCAAUACCAUAGCAACUCCGAGCGUAUAGUGGCGCUUUCCACUGGGUGGUAUAAUGGUGGGUCAAGUUGCGAGAAGAUGAUACGGAUCAAAGCGAGCAAUGGGAAAAAUGUGACAGCUAAGGUGGUUGACGAAUGUGACUCCAUGCGUGGUUGUGAUGAAGAACAUGCAUACCAACCUCCUUGUAAGAAUAACAUUGUUGAUGCGUCUGAUGCAGUGUGGAGUGCUUUGGAGCUCAAUAAAGAUGUGGGAAUUGUAGAUGUUACAUGGUCCAUGGCCUAAGGUUUAAAAAUAUGUUCUUGAAGAAUUUCUUUAACUUUGAAAUACUAUUGUUAUUAUGGUAAAAAACUAAGGGGUUAGAUUGAGAAAAAUAGGGUGGUAUAUGGUCCUUGGCCAUGGCAUCCGUAUGACAUGAAUCUUGCUCUUUG